GUGUGGGACCCCCUGGCACCAUCUCACGACCCCCAAGAGGGACCCGCCCCCAGGUUUGAGAAUCACUGCGUUAUGGGAAGGGGACAGUUUGUAUUGGCCACCAUGUCGUCACAGAUUUAUUCCUCUGCCUCCCGUUUCCAGACGUGGCAUUCUGUCUGCACAAUUCACAAUUCUUUCACGGCACCGUUUUUACCUGCUACUGAAUCCAGACUGGCAAACCAAAUAAGACAACCUGAUACUAAAGAAGAGGAGGUUCUUGAGGUACCAACCAGACGUGAAGGCUGCCUGAGAGAGGGACACGUUAUUCAGCAGGAAACAUGGCAAACCCCUGCAGGACGGCUAUGGAGCUUUUGGGGAUGUUCAUUGGGACAGGGGGCUGGUUCUGCUCACUGGCUGCCACUUUAAUGCCUCAGUGGCGCUCUCUUUCCACUGAGCUGCUGGCCACUGAGAGCAUUGAACAAGGGCUGUGGGAGGACUGCGUGAUGCAGGAGGUAGUUGGCAUAGAGUGUCGUCCUCACGACACCAUCCUAGGCCUCGAUAACACCCUCACGCUGGCUCGGUUUCUGAUGUGCCUGUCGAACGCCGCAUCUCUUCUUGGGCUUCUCCUGGCCAUUCCUGCAAUGAGUCAGAUCAAUUGUUGCAAGGGUGAGGAGGGACAGAGCAUAAAAAGGGGACUGAAGAUCACAGCUGCUGUGUUUUUAUGCAUCGGUGGUGUGCUGGUACUCACUUCGGUGUCUUACGUCGCCUACGACAUCGUUCAGAAGUUUUUCGAUGAGACAAUACCUCACGGAGUGCCACGCUCCGAAUUUGGGGAUGCACUGUUUGUCGGCUGGGCUGCAGGAUUUCUUGAAACUGUUGCUGCUGCAUUGUUAUUUGCAUCUAGUGUAGGCUCAAGAGACCGUGAACCUCGUCUGGUAUAUCAUCAUCAAAGGCAAGAGAUCAGUACUGUUGAUGGCUCAAUAAGAAAGCGCACUGAGUAUGUUUGA